CAUGUAUGAAACGUCAUGCAUCCCAUGUAACCUUGCGGUCAGUUAGCUGCACCUUAACUGUUAAGUCUGAAACACAUAUAUGCUUUAUAUAAGCACCAAGGUACAACAAGAUCCACCAUGACUUCUCGAGCCGGUCCCAGAGCGUCAGGUACCGACGGCAGUGACUUCCAGCACAGGGAGCGAGUUGCUUCCCACUACCAGAUGAGUGUUGCCUUGAAGUCUGAAAUCCGUAAACUGAACAUUGUCCAUGUACUGAUCUGGGUGCUGAUGGCUGCUCAGGUAACUGUAAGCCAGCUGAGUCUGGUGUCUCACAAGGUAGUCGCCUCUCCGUAUCAGUGGGAGUACCCCUACCUUCUGAGCAUAGUCCCCACUGUCUUCAGCUUCCUGGCGUUGCCGCGUAACAACAUCAGCUACUUGGUGAUCUCCAUGAUCAGUGCCGGGCUCUUCUGCGUGGCGCCGCUCAUCUACGGUGGCAUGGAGAUGUUCCCCGUGGCUCAGCAGCUGUACCGGCACGGCAAGGCUUACCGCUUCAUCUUUGGCUUUUCGGCCGUGUCCGUGAUGUACCUCGUCAUCAUAAUUUCUGUGCAGGUGCACGCCUGGCAGAUUUACUACAGCAAGAAGCUGCUGGACCAGUGGUUUACCACCACACAGGACAAGAAGAAGAAAUAACUUCAGCUCUGCUGGCUGAGGAGACUUUGAGACACUCUUGUUCAGCAUCAUUUUCUACAUUUUUGACGAUUUAAUUAUGCUUAUAAAAAUCAUUGGACAGUUUGAUUACUGCUUUCCCCUCCCUGAAUUAGUUUUUAUGUCAUUUCAAUGAUAAAAAAAAACUGAGAACAAGUGUUUUUGUUUGAGUCUUGUUAUUUUGGGUAAAACUGGAUAGAAACACAGGGGAGAAAAAUGUUUAUUUGCAUUUUACAUCACCUUGCAGCCAUAGAAGAUCAAUUCUUAUUCACUGCAAAAUAAAAACCACCAUAUUUCCCACAUCCAGUGACUUGAUUCAAAUUUGACCAAAACCCACAAACGUUAAGUACAGAUAAUAUUCUAAAGUUUAUAAUAAAAUGACACCGCCACCAAUAUCACAAACCUGUAAAUAAACCACAAACUCCCCACCACCAAAAUCCUAUACUAAUCCUAUGCAAAUUAAAAUUUAUUUUUCCAUUUUAAAUUAUGAGAAUAAAGUCAUAUAUUGAGGAAAAAAGUCCUUAAGAAAAAAGACUUCAUUAGAGUUAACAAGAUCUGACUGGACCAGCUUGGCAAGUCUGUAGUUCUUUCUCUGAAAUGGGAACAAUUGAUUCAAAGUCCUGUUACUGACCAUUUGAUAAUGUGUUAAAAGAUUAAGUUGUUCCUUAUUUGUAAAACCAAUUCAAAGGAAUAUAACUUCAAUAGCUCUUUUUUUCAUGGAAGAGUUCUCAAAAUUGCUUAAUUCUUCUAAUAUGACUUUAUUCCCUUAUUUCUGUUAUACUACUACUUAUAACUUUAUAAAUGGUUAUUAGCUUGGCUUUAGUUCUCUGCAAAAUCCCAACAAUCAAAAUGU